CUUCCAUUUAAGGGCACAUUUACUUUUCUCGGCCGAGAAUAAGUCUUCCUGGUUUCAUGAUAGAGUAGGCUGCCUUCCCCUUUAAAUGUGUUUUGGACCCAUGCAAAAGUUGUGGUCACAGGAUUGAAAUAACUAACGCGAUUUCCAGAGGGAGAUUCAGUUAGGAGGGAAUCCUUUAUAAUUUCGCCGCGUUUCAGCGCAUCAGGUAAGCGAACUCUCUCCAUGUUUGGUCCGCCCUCCUUUGCUUUUCUUAAGGAACUGACAAUGACAAGCAUCGAGUCUUGGUGAACACAGCUGUGCUGGAGCUGCACAAGCAUUACGCACCGACCUUCAAAUUAAGCAGCUUGAUUUAUAGUCAACAGUUGAGCUGCUUUAACUCAUCUGCCGGUGUUAAAGCAGGAUAACCGGCUGUGGAAUGGCUUUGCUGACUCUGCACAGAGCGCCGUCUAUUUGCACAACACCGGACGAGCCUAUCCCCAGACGAGGAAGACUUCAGAAAAGAGAAAGUUUCGCCCUGGUUAAAGGGGCCGUGCUCCUGGUGGAAGAAGAAGAGAGAGAGGGAUUACAAGAAGAAACCGUAUCCCCUCGUCUGGGUCCUCGGCACGGAGGCCAAGCUUCUGACACUCAACGCAGACAUUUGCAUGCAAUGAUUUCAUUACUGCGACCUGAAGACACAGUCAAACUGGCUGUGCGUCUGGAGUCAGCGAGGCCAGUCCGAGUCCGAUAUUUGCUUAUAAUUGGUACACUUGACAAUAAAGAAGAGAGCCUGCUACUUGGCAUGGACUUUCCAAGCUUAAACAGUGAUGAGUGCACCAUUGGCCUUGUCUUGCCAAUAUGGAGUGACACACAAGUUUACCUAGAUGGAGAUGGAGGUUUCAGUGUGACAUCUGCAGAAGUGACACGAAUCUUCAAGCCUGUGUCCAUUCAGACGAUGUGGUCAGUUCUGCAAGCACUGCAUGGCUGUUGUGAACGGGCCGUGCGUGGGGCUGUUAUACCCAGCAGUGGCCUCGAGUGGGCACAGUUUUACAAACAGAAUGUGGAAUCUGACCAGCUCUGCCUUAAUGAAUGGGGGGCUAUGACUGGCCUGGAGUCGGUGAGGAAAGACACUGGUGGAAGAUCAUCGUCGAACAGGGAGUCAGUGGAGAGGGAGAUCAAGGCCCAGCUACGAGAUAUCAUGAGGACUGAGGACUUGGAAAACAUUACUUCAAAGCAGGUGCGAACAUCUCUGGAAUCCAGAAUAGGCAUCGACAUGAAGGACUACAAGGAGUAUAUUGACAACGAGAUGAUGGUCACAAUGGCACAGAUGGACAAACCUUCCAGAAUCUUGGACUACCUUUACUUGGGUUCAGAAUGGAACGCUGCCAACUUUGAAGAACUACAGAAGAACAAUGUGGGCUACAUCCUGAAUGUUACCAUGGAGAUUGACAACUUUUUCCCAGAAUGCUUCACCUAUAUGAAUAUUCGAGUGUAUGAUGUGGAGGCGACUGACCUGCUGUCACACUGGAACAACACAUACAUGUUCAUCAAUGAAGCAAGGAAGAGUGGACAGGCGGUCCUGGUGCAUUGUAAGAUGGGCGUCUCUCGCUCUGCCUCCACAGUAAUUGCUUUCCUGAUGAAGCAACAGGGCUGGACUUUAGAUCAGGCACUCAACCACGUGAGAGAAAGACGGCCUAUUGUGCAGCCCAAUGAAGGUUUCCUCAAACAGCUGAACACGUACAGCGGCAUCCUCAACGCCAGCAAGCAGCGCCACAGUGCCCUCUGGAGGAGGAAGUCCAAAGCAGAUGCCCGUCAGCCGUCAGUACACAACGAACAAGCGACAGGGGAUGAAAAUGAAGAGAAAGAGGAAGAGGAGGAGGAAUCGCAGAGUCCAGAUGAAGAAAGCAGCGAGGAGGACACUGAUGUGUUUGAACAGAUGUGUGAGAAUGUUCUGGAUACUGGAGAGGCAGAAUCCGCCACAUCCAACCAGUUUCUUUCUAUACAGGAAAGUGAUAAGGUGUCGUCCAGCCCGAGCAGAAGUGGCAGGAUGGAUUUGUUUUCGCUUAUGCAGUCUAUUCAGCUUGACGAUGAGGAUCGAGGGAUGGAUAAAGAGAUGAGCGUCUGUCAGAGACUUUCUCCAGGACAGAGACGGCGGAGUCAGGGAAGAAGAGGUUUGACUUAUCAGAGAGCACACGUGGAUGCUUCCCCUGAGCCCAGCAGCCGACAGACUCAACACACAAACAAUGAUGAAGCCGGACUCUGAAACGCUUCAACAGCCUCUUAAAAUGAUGGAGAAAAGUGAAAAGGUGAGG